AUGGGAAAUGAAGUUGGGAAACUUGAGAAGCUUCACUCUCAAGAAGCAUAUGAGAUGAUCCAAAACCACUUGGCUCUAAUUUUGGGUAACAGAGCUGGAGAUUUAUCAUCUAUUGCUCAAAUCAGUAAACUCAGGGUAGGUCAGGUCUAUGCAGCAUCAGUCAUGUACGGUUACUUUCUUAAGCGAGUUGACGAAAGGUUCCAACUCGAGAAGUCCAUCAAUGUUCUUCCAAAUGUACCACAAGAGAGUGCUGAUCAUCAAACUAUCAUGGAUGAUGUAAGACCUGCUACUCAAGUGGGCACUUCUCAUCCUGGAGGCGAUGCCAGUCCUGGUGGAUUUGGCUAUGGUAUAAAGCCCACCAGGUUGCGUAAUUAUGUCAUGUCCUUUGACGGUGAUACUCUCCAGAGAUAUGCGACAAUAAGAUCUAAGGAGGCUGUGGGCAUCAUUGAGAAGCACACAGAGGCAUUGUUUGGAAGACCUGAAAUGGUUAUAACACCAGAGGGAACAGAUGUUGAGGGCUGCGUGGAUUCGAGGUAUCAUUUUGUCUUUAAUUGA